AUGUUUUCCCUUUCUUCUGAAUGCACUGGUAUCCUUGAGUUGCUAAUUGGAAUACAUUUCAUUUUGUUCCCUGUUAUCCAACAGUUUUUAAGAGAGGACCUCAACUACCAUGACCCCAAAGCCAAGCACAACAGUUUCCACGGUGACGACCAGCUCAUAAGCGUGGAGGACCUGUGGAAUGCCUGGAAGAGUUCGAAAGUGUACAACUGGACAGUGGAUGAGGUUGUGGAUUGGCUUAUCGACUACCUCGAGCUGCCACAAUAUGCGGAAGCCUUCCGGAAGUUGAAUUUCAACGGUACAUCCAUGCCCCGAUUGGCGGUGAAGAACGUCACUCUGACACAGACCGUCCUGAAGAUUCUGGACCGGAGUCACUUUCAGAAACUACAGCUCAAGGCUCUGGAUACGGUUCUGUUUGGAGCUCCUAUGAUGAACAGACAUAACCAUCUGAAGGACUUCAUGCUGGUGGUGUCAAUAGUCAUCGGAAUGGGAGGCUGCUGGUUCGCUUACAUCCAGAACCGGCACUCUAAAGACCACAUGAAGAAGAUGAUGAAAGACUUGGAGAGCCUCCACCGGUCAGAGCAGAGCCUUCACGACCUACAGCAGAAGCUGCAGAUUGCUCAGGAGGAACACCGUUCAGUGGAGGUGGAGAAGGUAAACUUGGAGCAGAAGCUGAGGGAUGAGAUCAAUGCUGCCAAACAAGAAGCGCAGAGACUGAAGGGGCUCCGAGAGGGAACUGAGAACGAGCUGAGCCGACAGAAAUAUGCAGAGGAGGAGCUGGAGCAGGUGGUUAUGGCCCUGAAGAAGGCAGAGAAGGAGCUGGAGUCUCGCAGUAGCUGGUCUCCUCCUAAUGCCCUGCAGAAAUGGCUGCAGCUCACUCAUGAGGUGGAGGUGCAGUACUACAACAUCAAAAAACAGAACGCAGAGAGACAGCUGCAGGUGGCCAAAGAGGGGGCAGAAAAGAUUAAGAAGAAGAGAAAUACUUUAUUUGGGACAUUCCAUGUGGCACAUAGUUCCUCACUGGAUGAUGUGGAUCACAAAAUACUUUCAGCUAAGCAAGCUCUUGGUGAGGUAACAGCAGCUCUGAGAGAGAGACUCCAUCGUUGGCAGCAGAUUGAGAUCUUAACAGGCUUCACGCUGGUCAAUAACCCAGGCCUGCCCUCUCUGGCCUCUGCCCUCAACCUGGACCCCAGCUUCAUGGGCGGCCGCGGCACACCCCAGCACUUCAUGUCCGAUGACAUGGAUGACAUGGACGAGGACAUAGUGGCACCAGGAACACUCCAAUCUCCCAGUAUGAUGUCACUCCGACAACGGCACAUUGACCCGCAGCUGUCCCUGGGUUCGCAGAGGUUGGUAGAGAGUUGCCUCGCACUUGGUGGGCAGGAAGGGGAGGGUAGCUUGUACUCGUCCAGGUCUAGGACGGUGCUACGCCAGGCACGCAGCCAAUCCUUUGGGCAGUUUGACUCUCUGGGACUGCCUCCUCUUUCCUCAGCAGUGUCUCAUCCUGCUAUCUACUCCGCUGCCUCAUCCCACUCUCCCCACUGCUCUUCCGUCGCUACUGUCCCUCAUGCAUCCCACUAUCACUCUUCACAUUUCCUGCCUAUGGAUACCAUCCCAGACCUCCCCUAUGAUGCCAGCCCAGAGUGCCCCCGCCAUUGCGGCAGCUAUGGGGACUUGAAUCGUUCCGACUCUGAUUCCUCCUUGUGUAUAUCCCAGACUGGCGAGCAGCUACGCCUAUCCUACAGUUCCAAAGGCUUCCCUGUGAAGCCCACUUCGCUCCUGCAUGGCCCCCAUUCACGCUCUGAAGAGGGAGCUCACUCCCACACCCACAACGGAGGCAACAGAGUUCACGAUGGGGGGGCAUCUCCCGAUGGAGGUUCUGAUAGUCCCAUAUUAAUGAAGAAGGUGUAUGGCAUAGAGAAAUCCGCCAGUAUGAGCGAGAUCCACGGCUCCCAAGCAGUGAUGUCCGUGUCGGAAUCCUCACGCUCCUUAAGCCCAAACUCCACUGAACCCGAUACGCCGUCCCCGACUGGACUGACUGGGGGGAAGGCCGGAAACCGCAUACCCCAGAUCUCCUCGAAAAAGAGCCCUCUAGAGGAGGACAGUGGCUCCACAGGUGAAGACACUGACUCUGCUGCCAGUCGCAAGAAACAUACCUUCAAGAUCUUCAAAAAACAGAAGAAAUAAGACAACUGGACAACUGUUUUGUUUUCACCUUACAUUUCUUUUUGUCGUGUUGUUAAUAUAAAUGUUUAUUUUUUUUCCCCCUUCUGGUCAGAAGUUACGGCACCACCAGACACCUUUCCAAGGUCUUUAUAGAAAUGUUUGCUUUUUCAGAGGAACACUUAGGAACAAGCAUGAUUUUGGGGAGGGUGGGAAUGGGAUGGACUAUUUUUGGGGAAUGUAACACAUUAUUUAUUCAGCAGGAGACAGUGCCAGACUUUCAAAGGAAUCUUCCCUCUGAUGGACUUUUCUUUCCUUGUAUAAUCCGUAUCAGUUUGCAUGUCUUCGCCUUUGUUUGAUUGAACUUUGAAUGCUCCUAGAUGUUUGCUUGGUUCUUGUUCCCCUUUGCUUAAAAUGCGAAACAGCCUGGUUCUUUCGUUUCUAUCUGCACACUCCUUUGUCUUUCAAGUUAAAAUGAAUUGUCAGCUGAACGUUUAAUGGUACUCUUCGAUAAGUGUUUGUCAAUGGUCAGAGAAACUGUAAAAGGGCUGAACUAUCAGUGUGAAACUCCCCUAAAAUAUGUUGCACUAUUUCUAAAUGAUGUCGGUUUUGUAAAGAAAAUUUUGAAUAUGCUGGAAUUUACACAAACCAAGACACUGAACGUAUCUCUAAGGUUUCAGGGAUUUCUAGUAUGGUGAAGAAUUAUGCGAUUAUAAUAGUUGAUCAUUGUCGAUCAUUCCAAAUCAUUUAGAAAAUACAAGGUGGUUUAUGAACAUGCACAUUAAUGUUUUUUGAGCAUUUACGCUUAACCAUGCCCUGUUCACUGACUGUUUCUAAUGACAUCAUCCAAACAAGUUCCCAAGAAAACACAAGAAAUUAAAUGUAAGGUGAAUGCAUACGUUAAUUUGUUCAAAUUACACAGAGUAAUUACAGCUUUAGCAGAUCUUGCCAUCUUCAAAGUGCCAAACUAAAGCCACCGUCUAGAAAAUGUAUAUACUUCCCGAAGGUUAUAUUUCAGUUUUGUUAGACCACUGAUCUGAGAUCUGAUCUUAAAUAGGUUUUCUAUAGAGGUGCAGAUUGUCCAAACUGUGGUGCAAGGGUGGGUGUCUACAUUUACUGCUACUGACAUGUUUGAAAGAGAGUUUGGACAUAUUCUGUUCUGCUGAAUUAGGUCAUAUUAUUCCUUUGACCCAUAAAAAUUCAAAUCUGAGAUUUCAGGUGCUCUUUUAUAUAAUUUUAAAGCUAGGCCACACGCAAUUGCUGUUAUAAUGGAGUGACUUGCCUUUAAAUGGUCAGAUGUUCGGGCAGAUGGAUUUUACCACUGUGCAUUUUCAGAGGAAGUGGAGACAAGUCUCUCGUCGUCUUAUGGUUUACAUGAUGUUCACUAAGAUACAUGUAUUUUAUCCCAGAGCACUGAAAAUUACAAGCACACUUUCUGAAAAGAGAGGAGGUUAAGAAUCAAAAGGCUUGGUGAGGGAUGUCACUAUGCAUUUUUAUAGUUUUUACCCACAGGCUUUGAAGGUCCAACGUAUACCUGGAGGCAAACCAAAGCAGCGCUGCACGAAGCAUCGCCUGUUUCUAUAAUUUCUUUUGUGAAAGAUGGUACAAGACCACAUCCAAAUGUAUAUCAACCCGUCAGUCUUUAACAGGUAUACAACUGUGCAGAUGUAUUUGUUUCAUCUGUGCCUCUUUUGCACGAAGCUCUUGUCAGUGUGCGCGCAUCAGUCCGGUCCAGUAAACUGCACUUCACUGUGUUGAUGCAUGUUCUCAACACCAGUUCUCAAACAUGGACAGGGGAGAGAUGGUAGCUGUUUUAGACUAUGUUCCCCAUUUAGAUAUUCCUGUUCACUUCUCCAUUUGAGCUAUUUAUGCCUAUACUGCACAGAGAGGUGGAGAGACAAAGUAAAAAAGAUAAUUUUGCAUCUUCUGUAAUGUUCAAAACUGUAGUCUUCAAAUUUUAUGGCACUCCUGCAUGAAAGCAAUAAAAAUG